AUGACUUAUGGAAAAUUUGCCAUAUGUGUGGCUAUCCUGAUGAUUUACAGCCAACAUUUGCGCUCAAGAUACAUUAGUAUAAGCACAAACACACCCUUACACAAGGAAACAAUCACAAACACACCCUUACACAAGGAAACAAUAACAAACACACCCUUACACAAGGAAAAAAUCACAAACACACCCUUACACAAGGAAACAAUCACAAACACACCCUUACACAAGGAAACAAUCACAAACACACCCUUACACAAGGAAACAAUCACAAACACACCCUUACACAAGGAAACAAUCACAAACACACCCUUACACAAGGAAACAAUCACAAACACACCCUUACACAAGGAAACAAUCACAAACACACCCUUACACAAGGAAACAAUCACAAACACACCCUUACACAAGGAAACAAUCACAAACACACCCUUACACAAGGAAACAAUCACAAACACACCCUUACACAAGGAAACAAUCACAAACACACCCUUACACAAGGAAACAAUCACAAACACACCCUUACACAAGGAAACAAUCCUAAACACAUCCUUACACAAGGAAACAAUCACAAACACACUCUUACACAAGGAAACAAUCACAAACACACCCUUACACAAGGAAACAAUCACAAACACACCCUUACACAAGGAAACAAUCACAAACACACCCUUACACAAGGAAACAAUCACAAACACACCCUUACACAAGGAAACAAUCACAAACACACCCUUACACAAGGAAACAAUCCUAAACACACCCUUACACAAGACUACACACCCACGACCGCUUACACGUGUAAGUUAA